UCAAAGCCCCAUCUCUGAAGUCUUUUGUUAGGCUGGAAAGAUUGUUUACCUCGACAGUUCUCACUGGAUGCAGUAGGGAUCCGAUACCAAGUAAAUAUAUGGGCUAAUAUCCCGAUACAGUGGGAAUGUACCACAUAAAACACGGUGUGAUCUGUACAAAUAAGGCAUGAUAAGGCCGAUAUAUUCAUGUGUGAAGUAUGAUCCUGGUGCAAAUAUGUUCUUUUAACUGUUUAAGGUGCAAUUUAACAUGAAACCAGUUUGGUUAUCUCCAUGUGGCUAUGUUCAGACUAUUUGUUUCUAACAGAAACAUGAAAAAAGCAUGAUUUCAGAUUGGCUAAUCCUUUUCCUUACCAAGUAGCUGCUAGCCAAUAAAAUAUCAACAUAAUUUUCAUCAAAAUUAUUGCACAGAACAUGUUAUCUGACAUUGAAUAACAGCAGUAAUGUGCUAUAAUGAUGUUUAAUGAGUAAACAUAUAUAAUAAACUGUGCUGAAUGUGUGUUAUAUUUUUAACUAGCUAUGUGUGAAUGUACACUCACCGUCCACUUUAACAGGAACACCUGCACAUUCAUCACCUGUACAUUUAGCAGCAGCACAAUGCAUAAAAUCAUGCAGAUGCAGGACAACAGCUUCAGUUAAUCACAUCAAAUAUCAGAAUGCAGAAAAAGUCUGAUCUCUGUGUUUGUUGGUGGUAGAUGGGCUGGUCUGAGUAUUUCAGAAACUGAUGAUGUUCUGGGAUUUUCACACACAACACAAAGUUUACACAAAAUGUUGACUUUGACUUCCAGAGUUCUGUCAUGUAUCUGUCUUCUGCUGUUACACAAUCUGUGCUCUAGAUGGCAGCACAGAUCUUCUCUCACAGAACACUACACACUGGAAUAUUCCAAGGAUGGACUAACAGGCAUCCAUCUCUGACAGAGUUCAUUCUGGAGUACUAGAAACAAAAGUCACAUAGAUAAAGAUGAUCCACAUGUAGAAUAUUAAUAUGUAAUUAAUUAAUAUUAAACUAUAAACCUUCAUGUGUUUGCUUACAUGUUUGUGUGACUGACCUGAGGCUGCAGGGGAACAUCAAGUGAAGAAACUGAACCACUCCAUAAAGUCACUGCAGUGUUAAAGUGUUUGUACUGUAAGUUUGCCCACACACACUUGAUGUAAUGGAUGUGGGUUUGCAGCUCUUUCACAACUAACUAUCAAAAGAGGAAUUGAACUUGACCACCAUCAGUUUAAGAUGUAGAUAAAAAACAAAACAAAAAAAAACAGGGUACAGACACAAGCAGACCGAGGUGUUGACAAGGGAAUAAAAGAGCAGGACCUUUACUAUCCUUCUGAGGUGGAACUGGUGUGGAGAUCCUGGAGAACUUAGAAUGAAGACCCACCUUAUCCUCAUCCUCUGUAUGAUCUCAGUGACUUAUGUCCAAACCCAAGAUGUUGAAUCCUCCAUGUGGCCAUCAUCUGCUUCUACAGCACCACCAGACCAUAAUGUCUCUUCUGCAGUUGUUUCAGGUGUACCUGUGUAUAUCUCAGUCAGUGUGGGUUUAGUCUUCUUGGCUACUGGUGUAAUUACAAUCAUCUGCUAUAAAUUCAAGUCCAAAGGUUCAGAAACAAUGGCACAAUGUUCAACAGAUAUACAUGAAUAUGAAAACGUCCAAUCAGAAAAAUAUUCCAACCAAUCAGAAUCAGUCUACCAGAACCCGAACCCCAAAACCAACCAAUCAGAAUCAGUCCAUGAGAACAUGUAUCCCAAAACCAACCAAUUAGAAUCAGUCUAUGAGAACCUGAAACCCAAAAUCAACCAAUCAGAAUCCAUCUAUAAGAACCCGAGCCCCAAAAUCAACCAAUCAGAAUCCAUCUAUGAGAACCAGAACCCCAAAAUCAACCAAACAGAAUCAGUCUUCAAGAACUCAUACCCCCAGACUAACCAAUCAGAAUCAACCUUCAAGAAUCCGAACCCCAAAAUCAACCAAGCAGAAUCAGCCUUUAAAAACCUGACCCCCCAAACCAACCAAUCAGAAUCAGCCUUUAAAAACCCGAACCCCAAAACCAACCAAUCAGAAUCAGUCUAUGAGAACAUGUAUCCCAAAACCAACCAAUCAGAAUCAGUCUAUGAGAACCUGAAGCCCAAAAUCAACCAAUCUGAAUCCAUCUAUGAGAACCCAAACCUCAAAAUCAACCAAUCAGAAUCAGUCUUUGAGAACUCAAACCCCGAAAUCAAUCAGUCAGAAUCAGUCUUCAAGAACCAGAACCCCAAAAUCAACCAAUCAGAAUCAUCCUUCAAAAACCUGAACCCCCAAAUCAACCCAUCAGAAUCAGUCUUCAAGAAUCAUAACACCAAAAUUAACCAAUCAGAAUCAGUCUUCAAAAACCCAAACCCCGAAACAAACCAAUCAGAAUCCAUCUAUGAGAACCUGAGCCCCAAAUUUAACCAAUCAGAAUCAGUCUAUGAGAACCGAACCCCAAAACCAACCAAUUAGAAUCAGUCUUCAAGAACCUGAAUCCCAAAAUCACUCAAUCAGAAUCAACCCAAAUGCAAUCACUCUGUAUGUGUUUACCAGAGACUAAAAUCUACCAAUCAGUGAUAGGGAUUCAGGUUCACCACCUAUCUGGACUGGUGUUCGUCAAAAAGUUACCCAGAAUAAUUCUUUUUUUAACCUCAGUGGCAUCACUGGGAUUCAAACUCGUGACCACCUGACAAGCUUGAGCACAUGUCAGGUUUUUAUUCAUUAAUGUAAACAUUCAGAUCUGAAAUAUGUGUAAUUUAUCUAAUACCUUUUUAUUACUUUAAAUGAUGUCAUGGCUUUUCCUAUAGGUUACUUUUAGUCUUUCAUAGUGUUUUCCUGUGAAUUGUUGGAGUGUUGGAAUACUGUUAAUAUUGCACAACAUUUCUCUACAGAUUGUUACUUCCAUCUCUAAGUUUUUAUGAUAGUGCUUAUUAUGUGCUCUAAGUUUAUAGUGCUUAUUAGUCUGUCUACAUGUGUAGUUACAUUUUAAAGUUUUAGGGUUUUAUGAGUUUAACCUAGCUGCAGAAAGACAAUUAGAUGGUCCCCAAGUUCUGAAUGUUCAGAUGGUCUUCUAAACUCUGUUUAGCUCACAGAAGCCUGUACAUACUUGUCUUGUGAGUUAUAGGUCGAUGGAUAGUGGAUUUUACCGAUACCAAGUUCAACAGACGCAACCGGAAAAAUCGGUUAUCGAUCGGUCGACUUCUAUUGUCAGCCAUGUGAUUGUAUUUUAUAUUUUCCCUUCAAUAAAGAGAAUGUGCAAA